CACCCAAUCAUCAGUCACCGGCCCCGAGUCUGCGCGAUUGAGCUGCUGCUGACUUCAGCAAAAAGGGAGAAAGUCAGGCGGCGAGAGAAAAAGUUCGGUGGCGCGUUUUCCGCUUGACACGACGCCUCACGCGCCGCCGCCUUGCCCAUUCGCCACUGCCACCCGUGGGUGCGCCCAGACUGAGAAACCGGCCGGCACGCUGAGGCAGCCGCCUAUUGCGGUGCUAGACGAGCGGCACAAGUGCCGUUUUUCCCUGCGGCCGGACUGGAAGCCACCAGGCUCCACCGGGCUCUGCUGCUGUUGCCUCCGCAGCAGUAGCAGCCGGUGAAGGGGAGGAGAAGAGAAGGAGACGAGGAAGAGAUGACGGAGCCUGGCAAGGAGCCUGAGGCGGUCCCAGCAGCAGGGGACAAGCCCGGCGAACCGGAGCCGGCGUCCUCCUUCCAGGCGCGGCUGUGGAGGAACCUGCAGCUGGGGAGCAGGAGGAAGAGCGGCGGCUGCAAAGCUGGAGCCGAGCGCCGCAGUGCGGAGACCUCGCCGUCCUCCCUUCGGGUUGCAGCCGCGCAGCAGCCGGCCAAGGGGGACUUGCUAGGCGGCGGCGGUGCCAAGUGGGGCGGCUUCAGGCGCAGGAAGCACGUGCUGGACCGAGUCUUUUCGUCCUCGCAGCCCAACCUGUGCUGCUCUUCAGCGGAGCCCCUGGAGGCCGUAACCACCGAGGCCGGCUCGGCUCUGCGCCGCCUGAGAGAACACAUUCUCCACCACCACCACCACCACCAAGGCAGGGGGCAGAACCAGGGCCGGCCCCCCGACGACACUCCCGGUUCCUCGGCGGCGGCGUCUUCGCUCUGCCCCUCGCCGGCUGCUCCCUCCCGAGUGGCCCGGAGAGGCGGAGAUGGAGCCCCCAAAAGCGAGAAGGGGGAGGAGCUUCCUCCGCAUCCCCGGCCUGGGGCGCCCCUGGCACACCAGAAGAGCUUCUCUCUGCCCGGCACCGCCUGCUUGGAGCAGCUGCUGCGGGAGUCGCCGACCAAGGGCAAGGCCAGAGCAACGGAGGGGAGCAGCAGCCCAGCGCGAGUCAAUCCUACUGGAACUAGUAAUGCAGAAUUAUCCCUGGCUGAUCCUGGAAUGUACCAGUUGGACAUUACAUUAAAAAGAGGUCAUAAUUUAGCAGCUCGCGAUCGGAGAGGGACAAGUGAUCCAUAUGUCAAGUUUAAAAUUGGUGGAAAAGAAGUAUAUAGAAGCAAAACAAUCCAUAAGAAUCUUAAUCCUGUAUGGGAAGAAAAAACUUCCAUCAUGAUUGAACAUUUAAGGGAACAACUGUACAUAAAGGUCUUUGAUUAUGACUUUGGGCUUCAAGAUGACUUCAUGGGAUCAGCUUUUUUGGACAUCAGUUCACUAGAGCAAAAUAGAUCAGUUGAUGUCACAUUGAGUCUGAAGGAUCCACAUUAUCCUGACCAAGAUCUUGGAACUAUAUUAUUAUCUGUAUUAGUGACACCAAAAGAACAGCAAAGGGAAGGGACAAUGCUAAUGAGGAAGAGUUGGAAAAGAUCAAGUAAGUUUCAGACCCAGAGUAUACGUCUGUCAGACCUACAUAGAAAAGCUCAGCUAUGGAGAGGAAUAGUCAGUAUCACUUUGAUUGAAGGUCGUGAACUCAAGGCCAUGGAUCCAAACGGAUUCAGUGAUCCAUAUGUGAAAUUCCGGCUGGGACAUCAGAAGUACAAGAGUAAGAUUAUGCCAAAAACUUUGAAUCCUCAGUGGAGAGAACAAUUUGACUUGCAUCUCUAUGAGGAACGAGGUGGAAUCAUUGAUAUUACAGUGUGGGACAAAGAUGCUGGCAAAAAGGAUGAUUUUAUUGGCAGGUGCCAGGUUGACUUGUCGACCCUGAGUAAAGAACAAACUCAUAAGCUGGAGUUGCCUCUGGAGGAAGGGGAAGGAUUUCUGGUACUGCUGGUCACCUUGACUGCCUCAGCUGCAGUCAGCAUCGCUGAUUUCCCAAUCAAUGCCCUGGAGGACCUGAAGGAACAGGAAGAAAUAUUAAAGAGAUAUAGUCUAGUGCGGAUGUUUCAUAACAUGAAGGAUGUGGGAUUUCUCCAGGUGAAGGUUAUCAGAGCAGAAGGUUUGAUGGCAGCUGACGUUACAGGUAAAAGUGAUCCAUUUUGCGUACUUGAGUUGAACAAUGAUAGACUGUUGACCCACACAGUGUACAAGAACCUUAAUCCUGAAUGGAACAAGAUCUUCACAUUUAAUAUUAAGGAUAUCCACUCGGUUCUUGAAGUGACAGUUUACGAUGAAGAUCGAGAUCGGAGUGCUGAUUUCCUGGGCAAAGUGGCUGUACCAUUGUUGUCUAUUCAAAAUGGUGAACAGAAAGCCUACGUCUUGAAAAACAAGCAGCUGACAGGGCCAACAAAGGGGGUCAUCUAUCUUGAAAUAGAUGUGAUUUUUAAUGCUGUGAAAGCCAGCUUACGGACGUUAAUGCCCAAAGAACAGAAGUAUAUUGAAGAAGAGAACAGAAUUUCUAAACAGCUUCUUCUAAGGAACUUUAUGCGUAUGAAACGUUGUGUCAUGGUUCUCAUAAAUGCUGCCUACUACAUAAACAGUUGCUUUGACUGGGAUUCACCACCAAGGAGUCUUGCUGCUUUUGUGCUCUUUCUCUUUGUGACUUGGAAUUUUGAGCUUUACAUGAUUCCUCUGACAUUGUUGUUACUGUUGGUGUGGAAUUACUUCCUGAUCAUAUCGGGGAAGGAUAAUAGACAAUGUGAUACAGUAGUGGAGGACAUGCUAGAGGACGAGGAAGAAGAGGAUGACAGAGAUGACAAGGAUGGUGAAAAGAAAGGAUUUAUGAAUAAGCUCUAUGCCAUCCAGGAAGUAUGUGUCAGUGUCCAGAACAUUCUUGAUGAAGUGGCUUCCUUUGGAGAAAGGAUAAAAAAUACAUGCAACUGGACUGUUCCAUUCUUAAGCUGGCUGGCAAUUGUUGCCCUCUGUGUGUUCACAGUCAUCCUGUAUUUCAUUCCACUGAGAUACAUUGUCCUUGUCUGGGGUAUCAAUAAAUUUACAAAGAAGCUCCGAAGUCCAUAUGCAAUUGAUAACAAUGAACUACUUGAUUUCCUUUCCAGAGUUCCUUCAGAUGUGCAACUGGUGCAAUACCAAGAGCUGAAACAAGAUCCUACCCACAGUCCAAGUAAAAGGAAGAAAAACAACCCUGGCUAGCCAAAUAUUUAUGUUGAGGAGACCAUCAUUUGUUCAAGGGAAAAAAAUAAAACUAAAAGCCCUAUACCUAAAGAGCAUUUCCUCUCUCUAAGCUUUACUUAUGUUAUCUUUUAUUCAUAAUGGGAAAAUUUGUGAAUACUGUACAAAGGGAUUUAUCAGUGAAAAUAUACUUCCGGUUGUACAGAGUUAUAAUGAAGGCUUUAAAUCUAGUCUAGGCUGGAGCUUUGUUAGAGUCCAUUUAUAGCAUGAAUGUGAAAUGGUAAGACACACAUGACUGGAUAAGCGAAGGAUGUGUCUUAAACUCCUGCUCUGAUUAAUUUUAAAAAGCUAAAUGAGGAUUUGUGCAUGACCCAUCCUUUUGUCCAAAGAUCCUUGUUUUUUUAUAUUUUACACAUUUUGCCAGAAGUACAGAGCAAAGGCUCUCCUAUUCAUAUAUUUUAUCAAAAAAAUAAAAAAUAAAACUACAAUUAGACCCUGCUGCAAAUAAUCAAACUGGCAAGGGUUUGCCUAAAAGCAAGCAAUAGAUACACUAAAUGGAAAUGUCUUACUGGAUCUCCAAAGAUUUAAAGAAGUUCUUAACACUUUUAUCAUUCCACCACAAGACUUUGAAAAAAUAUACCUGUAUCUAAAAUACUGCCAGGUUUAUAACUGCAUAUUUAACUUUUUAUAUUGCCACUAAUCUUUGAUUUGUAUUUACUAACCUAGUGAAGCAUAUAGUUCAGUAGUAAAAAAAUAUUAUUAGAUUAAAACCAUAUUGCUUCAGGUGUCAGGCUAUGAACGCCUUUUGUGCACAUAAUGUUAAUACUAUGUUAAUACUAAAAUCUGUUUGCUUCCUAAUUAAAAGAUCAUUUUCAAAGGCUUUACAGCAUAGUACUUGACCUAUUACUGUGGCAAAUGAAAAAACAAUGUGGGCAGAAUAUAUAUACCUGCUUUAUUUAUUUGAUUCAUGUAAUCAGUCCUUCUGAUAUUUAAGUGCCCUAUUGUAUGGAAACCAUUUUAUAAAUUGUGGCAGAUAAUGGAAAUAUGGUUUACAUUUCAAAACAUUGCCAUUGCAUAAUGAGUAACUAGGAAUAUAUUCUUAAACUGUGACCUGUAGAGAUCUUGAGUGUGUACACCUAAGGACCUUAUCAUAUAGCCCUUACAGAAAAUUUCCAGUGAGAUGUCAAAAGGACCAAUUAAGGACUAAUAGAUUUGUGCCCUCAAGGGAAAAAGAGUUUCUAUGCUCUUUGUUACUGGACAUUCAGUCUGGGUUGUGGUUGCUUACCAGAUUCUAUUGCACUACUGUUAAAAUAGUACUUUUUUCGAGAGAUAAAUAUUAAAUAGUGUAUGCACAGGAAAAUGUAUAUACAUUAGUUUACAUCUAAAGGUUAUUCUUAAACUACAUUUCUCAUGAAAGCUGAUUCUGAAAAUAAUUUUUAUCUUAGAGAUGUGUUGCUGUUUCUUACAAAAGAACUAUUUUGAACUUGCCUAUUUAUACAACAUGCUUGAAAGAAUGCCAAACAAGUUCUGUAUCUGCAGGGAGGGCUUGACCUGAACAUGUUCUGGUUAUAGAGCCAGGUGAUUGUGUCUUAUUUCAUAUGCACAUGUAUGCAGGUCCUGUCUCUGUUUUUUGCUGAUGAACAAUAUGCCAUUAAUGAAGUCAACCUAUUGAAGAAUCUGUAUUGAUGUAAAUAAUUUCUUUUGGUCUGGAAUAUUUUGUUCACUGUGAGAACUUGUUACAUAAUACAUUGAGACUUCUCUCUUUAUUUGUUCACUUACUUUUAUUUAUCAUUCUAUGAGCAUUUUUCUUGUACAAAAUACUGACCUAACUUAUUUAUGCCAUUAAACUCAUAUGACAAACUAUUGGUUUACUGCGUGAAGCAUUACAGAAUCAAGAAUAGAUAUAUUUCCCCCACUCCCUCCCCCAUGGGAUGCUCAGGAAGAGUAAGUGCCUUCUCCAGUUUCUUUGUCCCCCACAAUUUACAUAACACUAGUGAUGGGCAAGCAUCUCUAAUGCUCAUUUUGGAUUGGGGCCAGCAAUUGAAAGCACUAUUGGUGAUUGCUUAGAGAAGUCAUUUUCUCUCCAAAGGUUCUAAACAUGCUUGUAAAUGCAGCCCCUGAACUUCCAAUAGUCCAUCUGAGCCUUUUACCUGCAGUGGCUACUGCAUUCUGUUUUCUGUAGUGGUCAAGCAGGUGCCUCUGGGAAGCUCAUAAGCAGAACAUAAAUGCACUAGAAGUUCCAUUUAGCCAUCAUUAAAAGCCAUUGAUAGAAC